CUUAAUGCCAUUUUUUUCACGUUAUUGCCCCACCUGCUCUGACAUCUACUGGACGAUGUUGCCUCCCAUCUAGCUGCUGGUGUAGCGGACUAGCGGCGGUAGGGGGAGGAUGGAGAUGCAGGCUAACCACGGAUCAUCCACUCUGGUAUUUCCCACUGAUCGUUAACAGCGACGGACCAUGAUUGCGAAGUUUCAAGUCACAGACCUGAAUACCAAAUUGCCUUCAACUACCAAGAGAUAGCCAGUCUACUGGAUGGAGACCCAGGAGGAAUGACAGAGUCUUUUCCCCUUGGGUGACACACCGACAGUUGGAGAAAAUGCACUGGGCCUGUGGAUACGUUUCUGUGGUCCUGGCUUCCCUUAUCGCCUCUUACACCGCCAGGGCCUUAUCAGUGGACACGGAUGAAAACCGUACAGAAAACAGCAAUGUGACAGACGGCGGAUUUGUCCCAGUUGUGUUCACAAAAGUGAACCAGAUAAUUGCUCGUGAGGGGAGCUGCGCGCUGAUUGAUUGUAAUGUCACCGGAGAGCCGGUCCCCAGUGUUCAGUGGUUCAACUCCCAUGGAGAGCGUCUGGACACGGAGAUGAACGGGGACAAGUGGUGGCUGGUGGACACCGGCGUCCUCAACAUCACCAGCAUCGAGUUUGCCGAUCGUGGAAAGUACACCUGCAUGGCGUCCAACGUGCACGGCAGCUCCAACUGCACGGUGACGCUGCGCGUGGUCUUCACUAACGGGGACAUGGGCGUGUACUACAUGGUGGUGUGUCUGGUUACCUUCACCAUCAUCAUGGCCCUGAACGUCACACGCCUCUGCAUGAUGAGCAGCCACCUGAAGAAGACGGAGAAAGCCAUCAACGAAUUCUUCCGCACCGAGGGUGCCGAGAAGCUGCAGAAGGCCUUCGAGAUCGCCAAGCGGAUCCCCAUCAUCACCUCGGCCAAGACGCUGGAGCUCGCCAAGGUGACGCAGUUCAAGACCAUGGAGUUUGCGCGCUACAUCGAGGAGCUGGCCCGCAGCAUCCCGCUGCCGCCGCUCAUCAUGAACUGCCGCACCUUCAUGGAGGAGAUCCUGGAGGUGGUGGGGGUGGAGGAGAUGAGGCACACCUUCGUCAGGCAGGCGCCCGAGGGAUGCCGCGAGCCGGUGAGCAGGGCCAUCGGGGCGAGGGACGUCUUCACCAUCCUGCAGGAGAGGGAGAGGGAGCGAGGGCGGGAGAGAGAUCGGGAACGGGAGCGCAGCGAGUCUCCCGCCGCCGACUCGGACAACUCCUCCGUUCACGACCAGCCGCAGCACAUCGCCAUCCAGGUGUCGGUCCACCCGCAGCUCGCCAUCGGCGGUUACUGCAGCAUUGAAGCUCCACCUCAGCCGGAGGCCGCGCCCUCCUCGCCUCCCCCGUCCUCCCCGCCACCACUCCCUCCUCUGGAGCCCGAGGAGCAGCCCGAGGUGGAGGGCAAGCAGGACCAGGCUGCGCCCGAACCAUCAGACGCAAACACGCCCGCUCCCUGCCAGGUGUUUUACGAGAGCCACGUGUGACGAAACCACCUGGUGGAGCGACGAGUUAGCCUGCUAUGCAUUACCACUUGAAGACAAAUAAAAAAUAAAAAAAAAGGUCAAAAACAUUUUUACUUUCACAUUUUUGGAGAAAAACAAUCACGUUUUUAUUUAUCUUUUCUGGACGGAACAAUCUUAGAACCAUUGUAGGCUGUUCUACUGAGAAUAAAUUAUGAUGUUUUAGAAACGUUUGUUCUCACUCUGGAUUUUCAUGCUUGAAUGUACACGGGAGGGGUAAUCAAUACUGUCAUUAAUGUAAGAAGCAGCGAAUUGUAAAGGGACAUUUCCUGUGUUGAGAUUUUCAUAGCUCUGACUAUUAUUAUUUAAAGGUUAAGGGUACUUCACUGUCUCCGGGGGGAUGAUUUUUCAGUUUUUAGUUUCUUACAGUGCUAGGGUUUUUACGACUAACUCCAGAAAUCUGCCUCAAGCUGCUCUUCAUGCCGCUUUCUCAAAACCAUGAACGGUGAGCUUCUUUCAUCCACUCAAGAAUCCACAUCCAGCUACUGUUACAGCUGAUCCGCUGUUAUUGUACAACGUCCUGCUCACCUAGAGAUGCAUGCUGGACUUAACGAGUUUGGUCACCAUUUUCAUGAUUGUACGGCCUACUGUAUUUCUAAAAACAAAACAAAAGUAAGCCAGGUAAAUCGAUGUGUGUACAGUAUAUUUCCUGAGUGGCUCACACACACCUCUGGGUAGUUUUUGUCUGUUUCUUUUGAAAUAUUUUAAGAGUAUUAUUAUUAUUAAUAUUACCCAUUGUGGUGUGAUUUUGUUUCUUUAAAAAAAAAGUAUUUCUCUCUCCGCAGUAGAGAAGAGUAGCUUCAUUUCCUUCACGUGCUGUUUUAAAAGUUUUUUUUAUUUAAUUCCCGGCCUGAUCUCAGCAUCGUCUUGCUUCUGCAGAGGCUUUACAGUACAGUUGCAUUUCUGCUGCAUGUGAAACGUGGACGGUGGGACUUAAAAAAAAAGGACUCUUUUCUUUCUUUCUUUGCUUGGCUGACGACGGUCCAGUCUGUGGCGCGGAGAUGAACUGGAUGCUGUUCUGCUUUUACUGGUGCUCUUGAGAUGGCUCUUUUUUUGUAGUGGAAUAAAAUGAAAGUGCUGUGUAUAAAAAAAA